CCCAAAUCUAUAGUUAAUGCCCUUGUGAACUCCAAAUGGAUUUCAUAUUCUGAAUGUGUGAUACAAUUAUUUUUCUAUGUUUCUUUCCUAUCAUCAAAUUUCUUCAUUCUCACUGUAAUGGCCUAUGACAGAUACAUUGCUAUCUGUCACCCACUGCACUUUACACUCAUAAUGAAGUGGUCCACUUGUAUUCAAAUGGCUGCUGGGGCAUGGCUGGUUGGAUUUCUGCAUGCAGCUCUACACACAGGGAAUAUUUUUUCAAUGACUUUCUGCUCCAACAUCAUCAACCAGUUCUUCUGUGAAGUUCCACAAUUAAUCAAGCUCUUUUGUUCUGAUUUUUACCUUGGUGAAACCUGGGUUCUUGUGUUUGGUUCAUGCUUAGGAGUGGGCUGCCUCUCAUUCAUUAUCUUGAGCUAUGUUCGGAUCUUUUCCACUGUGCUCAGAAUGCCCUCAGUUGAGAGAAGGGAAAAGGCAUUCUCAACUUGCAUCCCCCACCUCAUUGUGGUUUGUGUAUUCAUUAGCAGUAGCCUCUUGGCUCAUCUGGUACUACCUGCAAAUUCUCCAUCUAGGCUGGAUGAAAUAUUUACUGUGCUAUAUGCUUUGGUCCCUUCACUGCUGAAUCCAAUAGUCUACAGCAUGAGGAACAAAGAUGUCAAAGCUGCUUUUUGGAAAUUCCUUGGUUGGAGGAAUCUGAGCAAGAAGUAA